AUGGAUCUCCUCCGCGCGAACCUCCACAAGGUCCGCAUCCCGGAGCCCACCAACCGCAUCCACAAGGACGAGUGCUGCGUCUCCUUCGACACCCCGAGGUCGGAGGGCGGGCUGUACGUGGACAUGAACUCGUUCCUGGGGUUCGGGAGGGAGCACGUGGCGUGGAACUUCGAGAAGUCGGAGAACCCCGUGUACCUCCACAUCGUGCAGCGCCGGAAGCCGGAGCCAGACGAGACGGAUCGCCCGCUGAAGAAGCCAACCCUGCUCGCCAUCGGCAUGGAGGGAGGUUUUGGUGAACAAGAACCUGAAUACGAUGUGACUUACAAAAUCGUUAUUUUGCCUGAAUUUUUGUCUCUCCCAUUUCCAUCAGUUGAUUUGCCAGAGAAGGUUAGGCUCGCAGUUGAUAAAGUUAUACUUGCGGAGAGUGCUGAUAGAAAGCAACAACUGGCUUCUUGGGUGGCUGACAAGAAAAUAAUCAGUGCACAUGCUAUGGAUCUGCAACAACUAGACAAUGGUGUUAUUGUGCCCCCUACCGGGUGGAAGUGUAGCAAGUGUGACAAAACUGAGAAUCUUUGGUUAAAUUUAACUGAUGGUAUGAUCCUCUGUGGGAGGUGGGUCUGGGAUGGAACUGGCGGGAAUAAUCAUGCUGUUGAACACUACCAGCAGACUAAAUAUCCUUUAGCGGUGAAGCUUGGAACAAUUACCGCUGAUUUGGAAGGAGCAGACGUUUACUCAUACCCGGAAGAUGAUAGCGUUGAAGAUCCAAUAUUAGCUCAGCACUUGUCGCAUUUUGGUAUUGAUUUUUCUUCACUCCAGAAGACUGAGAUGACUACUGCUGAAAGAGAACUUGACCACAACACUAAUUUUGAUUGGAAUAGAAUACAAGAAAGUGGCAAAGAUGCCGAACCUUUAUAUGGGCCUGGCUAUACUGGCCUUGUAAACCUUGGAAAUAGUUGCUACAUGGCCUCAGUAAUGCAAGUUAUGUUUUCAACCCAUCCCUUUAUAUCACGGUACUUUGAGAAGCAGAGCUUGAAAGCUGCGUUUGCAAUUUCUAAAGCUGAUCCAACGUUGGACUUAAACAUGCAAAUGACAAAGUUGGCGCAUGGUAUGCUCUCUGGUAAAUAUUCUGCACCCAGUCAAGAGUGGGUGGAGCUUCCUAGGGACAAAUAUCCUGUUGUCCUAUCUUAUACAAAUAUACGAUUGCAGGGACAAGAAGGAAUACGCCCCCGUAUGCUCAAGUCAGUAAUUGCAGCAAGUCAUCCUGAAUUUUCCAGUAUGAGGCAACAGGAUGCCCUUGAGUUCUUCCAUCAUCUUAUUGACAAAGUUGAUCAGGCAAACCCUGGAAACCAUGAGUUGAAUCCUUGUACCGGCUUCAAGUUCAUCAUCGAGGAGCGGGUUCAGUGCCCCUCUGGGAAAGUUUCUUAUAAUCAACAUUGUGACAACUUCCUUACUUUGAGCAUACCAUUGCAUGAAGCGACUAACAAAGAGCAGCUAGAAGCGUUCCAUGAGAAGAAAGCAGCAAUGGACUUGGAUGGAAAGGAAGUGUCUAAGGAGGAAAUCGUGAGGCCAAGAGUCCCACUGGAGGCAUGCUUAGCAAGUUUUUCAGGCGGAGAGGAAGUGCCUGAGUUUUACAGCACUGCAUUAAAUUCAAAGACGACAGCAAUUAAGACUACUGGCCUUAAAACUUUUCCUGAUUACCUGGUGCUUCAGAUGCGUAAGUUUGUAAUGGGAGAAGGAUGGGUGCCAAAGAAACUUGAUGUUUAUAUUGAUGUGCCGGAUAUAAUCGAUAUAUCGCACAUGCGCAGCAAUGGUGUACAGCCUGGGGAAGAGCUACUGCCUGAAGGAGCUUCUUGUGGCAACAAAGCUGAACCUGCUCGUCCUGUUGCCGACGAGGAUAUUGUAUCCCAGCUUGCAAACACGGGGUUCAAUUACUUUGCCUGUCAGAAAGCUGCUAUUAAUACAUCAAAUGCAGGAAUUGAGGAGGCAAUGGAUUGGCUCCUCUCACACACGGGGGAUCCAGAUAUUAAUGAGCCGAUAUCUCAAGAUCCAAUGCCUGCAGAAGACACUAUUGAUGAAGCAAGUCUUCAAACCCUUGUUUCCUUUGGCUUUCCAGAAGAUGUUUCUCGAAUGGCCUUGAAAGCUUCUGGUGGAAAUAUUGAGAGAGCCACGGAGUGGGUUUUCAGCCACCCUGAAGCAUCUAGUUCUGUAUCUGCUGAUUCUUCAACAAACAAUGUAAAAGAUGACGACUCGAACAUAUCAGAUGGAAGUGGCAGAUACAAGCUGAUGGCAUUUGUGAGCCACAUGGGAACCUCUACACACUGUGGGCACUAUGUCGCCCAUAUCCUCAAAGAUGGGAGGUGGACGAUCUUCAACGACAAUAAGGUUGCUGCAUCGGUCGACCUGCCCAAGGACAUGGGAUACCUCUAUUUCUUUCAGAGGAUAAGCAGUUAG